AACAAGUUUGUCAGUUUCCUCUGGAGGCAGACGUCACACAGCGGUGUUUAUCGGUGAGAAAGACUAGUGAAAGCCCGAAUCUAUUCCGAAUCAACACAUUUUUCCUGUUUUAAUCGAUCCUUUGCAUAUGUAGCUUAAUUGUAAUUCACUACAUCCAGGUGACCGACAAUGAAUCCACCUAGGCCUAAUCGGCAAGAUCCUGCCAUCUACCAACCAAGCAGGAAUCCUCCACCUGCCAAGCCAUCUGCUCCAGGCAAUGUGAUGAUGUACAAUCCAAAUCAGUACAGUCAAGGAUUCCCCCCUGCGAACGGUUCUUGGGCACCACCGAGGCAGCAGCCACCAUUGCAACAGCAGCCCCAACAACAACAACAAGCCCCACCACCACCUACUCAAGAAUCAUGGGAUUGGGAUGAAAAUGUUAACAAUUUCCAGAGCUAUCCAGAACCUAACCAAACAGCAGCCAAGUUGCAGAAUGUCCCUCCUGCCAACCCUCCUAAUUUGUAUAGUGUGCCUGAUUACUCUUUGACGCAGCCAGUGCCCAGUUAUCAACCUGAACAUACUGUCAAUAACAAUCAAUAUGACACACAAGCUCCAAGCAGCAAUCAAAACUGGGGAUGGAAUGAAGGAGAAGAUUGGGGUUGGGGCAAUGAGUAUCAACAGCAAAAUAUUCAACAGCCUCAAACAUCCCAGCCGCCACUACCAGUCAGCCAAGUCGAGAACCAACAGUCGACCAACUAUCAAAGCAUGCCACCUCCUCCAGUCAACAGCGGUCUGGAGACGGGCUUUAGCACUCUGUCGCUAUCUAACCAGGCUCGAGAAGAGCCUUUGCAAGGACAAGAGCAACCACAGCAUCCGCCGUGGGCUCAGCAACAGCUGCCAGCUCCAUCGCAGUCUGAAGAAUCCAACUGGUCCCGCGUACCAACUUGGGGAUCAGCUCUGGAUCACGAACAGAGUCCUUACGAGCCUGGCCCUGAAUCGUCGUACUCACGAGAGUUGGGUGAAAGGAACACGUUUGCUGAUGGAGCUUCGUUUACCGAUCCAUCUCAGUCCUUACCACCGCCACCCGCAUCUCUUGGAAACGACCAGGUUUACGCACCACCUGCGUCGGUACAACCAAACAUCCCGCCAGAGCAGCAGAGCAUGUACGGCGGUGGUCGAUCGAUGCAUCCUCCACCAUCGACUUUAAAUCUAGGGACCGAAUUAACUCGGGUUUCACCUACUCCUUUGAUUGGAUCGAGCAUGGAUCAAAUUGAACCGAGUACUGAUUCGACUGCUGUUGAACCUGCAACAGUACCCUCACUGACUGCCCACCGAAUCAAUUCCGGAUCAUCUUACGGAUCGAAUACGGAAGGAUUCAACAGCGGACCUGUUGGAAUGACGUACAACGGCUCUGAAUUCCCUGGAGCGCCUCAUGUUGGUGGAGUACCGAUUGCCACCUCGGAUUUGUCCAUCGGCAAUCGCCUGCCGGGAAGUGGAAGUCGUUCGCAGUCUGGCACGCCGUCGAUGGAGCGUGAAAGUGAGCGACCUGAUGCGGAAGGCGGAUACGAAAACGAUCAGCCAACACCGCUGUUUUCACAACCUGCGUCAAUCCCGUAUGCAGCCAUGGCGGAGCGCAAGAUGACGCAAGAAUCACCUGCCGGAAGUCGCCCAUCUUCCCGCCAAGCCGGUUCUACUCCUUCAUCCGAGACGGCCAGCGCCAAUCCUUCUCCCUACCAUCUACCCGGAGAUGGUAAUGCGUUUGCCCGACCGAAACCAGUGUCCGGACCUGGGAGUUUCUAUCCGGUCGCUACUACUUCUCACGUCGCUGCAGCACCCCCACCUUCAUCGGCUGCUCCGACUGUUGCACGAGGAUCGCAAGAGGCCGUGGGCAGUGAAUUUGGCCCACCCGUUUCGGCAGUUCCACUCUCUAGGGCUGAAAAUUUGACGACAUCGUCGUCCAUGUUGCCUCCAAGCUCGCAGCGCAUGAUUCCGGGUAGUGGAUCUCAACCGCCUUUACUAUCGAUGGUUCCUACUCCGCAACAGCAACAAUCGCAGCCUCAGCCGCAGCCACGUCCUGCCGGUACAGUAACUCCGGUUUCGGAGCAGAGAAUCGUGACUGGAUUCGCCAAAAACGAUCCCGUUCCCGCACCACCUGUCGUGCAAGCAGCUCCGCUUCUGGCCGCUGCUCCGCAGGGACCACCGCCAAUGCAGCAGGUGGAAGAAGUGCGGACGCAGCAGUCGGUCAGUCGUUCACCUCCGCCGCCUCACCGAAGUGAGACGAUCGGAUCGGAGAAUCCCCGUGCUAAUCUCAAUUCAGGGGCGGCUCCAACAGGUGGAACUGCUGGCGGCAAUGGAACAGCAGAUCGAUCGGAUGAUCGUAUCUCCAGUGACAGGGAUCGGGAUCGCGAGAUAAAACCACACGACAGAGGUUCUCGUGUGGAACGUGACCGAGAUCGUGAUGACUACGACCGUGAAGGACGCAACCGCUACCCGGAUGACGAUGAGGACGAGCGCUUUUCCACCAGUUAUCGCGAACGCGAUCGUCGCUACGAUAGUGAAAGGGACCGAGAACGAGAUCACCGUGACCCUCGUCGCUAUGACGACCGAGAUCGAGCCUACAAUCGGCAGGAUUAUGACGAUGACCGUCGUAGUGGCUACGGACCUACAGACCGGGAUCGUGCCCGCGAUCCUCGGCGCCGAGAUACGCGACGGUCGGAAUAUUAUUUGACGGAUGCCGAAAUGUACGAGCGUUCCGGUGGUCGCAGGAGCUCACUCUACGAAGGUGACAACAACGACCCGGCUGGCGAUUUCAAUCGCUCAGCCUACGGGUUCAACACAUCCAGGGAUGGUCGGCGACGUGAUAACGACAGAUCCAGGAUUGACGACCGAUACUACCCGAGUACAAGAGACAUUAGUACAAGAGCUGGUGCCGAAGUUCCGGAACGAGCCAAUUCCGAACGUGAUUAUCGCCACUCGACCUCUUCGGGCACUGGCGGAAGGCGUCGAGAUCCGCGUGAUCUCUACUAUCAGCAGGAUCCGCGCUAUUACGGCUACUCGUCUCGUGAUGCGGCAUACGAUCCGUACCGCAGUGGCGGCUACCAUCAUUCGGCCGCUGCCGCUGCUGCGGCCGCCGCCGCUUACAAUCAGCAGAUGCUGAACUACAACCAACAGAUUAACCACGCCUUGAAGUACAACUACGCGCUGUUUGAGGAGUUGCGGUUGAAAAAUCCGGCCGCUUACAGCGAGUGGUACCGGAGCAACUAUGCCCAGCGUUACACGCCGACGGUGGUGACGGGCGGCACUGGGACGGCGCUCGGAAGUAUCGCCGCUUCUGAGGCGGAUCGAGCCAGCGUCCAUUCCGGACGCAGCUCGGUCAAUGAAGACCAUCCUUCCAUGUUGGCCAACCACUCCAUCUCGCAGCAGUUGAUUCGCGGUUCCACGACGGGGCUGGACCAGUCCCACGCUUACGAUUACAGCCUUUACCAGGAGGAGGAUAAUAUCCCGCUGACCACACAGAUUCGGCCAGCACAGGACAUGACGCCUCAUAAAUUUUCCUGUCCGCACGUCAUCGCCCGCUUCUCCCCGGGAGGGAUACUCUUGCGUGUUUUGCCCAACAGCCCCAAAGAUGGCGUGGCGGCUCACAUUGAGCUUCACGAUUUGAACGUCCUACUUGGCGAUUUGCCCACGGCUCAAGAAUUGAAAUUCUUUCCUGGUCCUUUGGUGCCGGGCCAGACCCACAAACAGCAAGUGGCCGUCUUUUGCCAGCAAAAGAUUCGACGUGCCACAGAUGAUGGCAACCAGUUGGUCGACCGUCAAUCGUACGUUCUUUUGUGGGAGCUGUUGUUGCUCCUACUCAGGCAGAAUGGCACGAUUGUCGGCACUGACAUUGCCGAGUUGCUUCUCAAGGAUCACGAAAUUCUCAGAGAGCCCGUCGUGGUGCAGGAGACUCCGGACAACGGCGCGGAGGUGGUGACAGUGGCGGCGGAUCGUACCCUCGUUUCCCGUCAAACGGAAGCCUCGGUGACGAAAAAGUUUCGCGAGUUGCUCUUGUUCGGCAACAAGAAAGAGGCUCUCGAAUGGGCCAUGACUCAAGGUCUUUGGGGUCACGCCUUGUUUCUAGCCUCAAAGAUGGACCAAAGGACUUAUUCGAGUGUUAUGAUCCGCUUUGCUAAUGGAUUGGCGUUAACAGAUCCACUGCAAACUCUUUAUCAGCUCAUGUCAGGUCGCCAACCGACGGCAGUGACCAGCUGCGGUGAUGACAAAUGGGGCGACUGGCGUCCUCAUCUGGCAAUGAUCCUCUCCAACUCGACGUCCAAGUCGGGCAACAAUUCCUCGGAAUUGGACAAGAAAUCGAUUGUGACGCUGGGGGACACGCUCUCGGCUCGUGGCUUUCUGCUGGCCGCCCAUUUUUGCUACUUGGUGGCCCAAGUGGAGUUUGGGAACUAUUCAAACAAGGCGUCCAAGUUGGUCCUGCUCUCCUCAUCCAGCUCGUUGUCGUUUGACGCUUUUGCGACUAACGAAGCAAUUCAGUGCACCGAGGUCUACGAGUAUGCUCGCCAGCUGGCCGCCCCGGAAUUUAUGAUACCGUCCUUCCAAUCGUACAAGUUUCUUUACGCCACUCGGCUGGCCGAACAUGGGCGCCCGGCCGAAGCCCUGCAGUACUGCGAGGCCGUUGGCAACAUUCUGGCCAAAUCGGCUUCCACCUACUCGCCGUCUCUCAUCGACCAAGUCUAUCAGCUCGGCUCGAUGCUCAAGUACAGCGAUCCGCAAUUCCUGACGGAGAAUGAUGGCACCUCAUUAGGCGAUCCGUCUUGGCUGACUGCUUUGGAAGCGGCCGUCAAGGCGGCCCAAGUCGAUUACUCGCCCGUCAUUGGCACCGAAAAGUUGUCGUUCGAGCAACAGCCGACCGAACCGGAAUCAUCCCUUCCACCUACUUCCACUGAUUAUUCGUCUUAUCAACAACAGCCACAUGGCCAGUACGGUGACCAGCAGAAUGCUCAGCAGCAGCAACAACAACAACAACAACAACAACAGCAGCAGCAGCAAUACUACCAUCCAGCGUCGAGCGUUCAACAGCAGCCCUACUAUGAUCCGCAAUCCUCGGGCCAGCAGCAGCAGCUACAACAACAAAAUUACAGUGAAGACAGCCAUGUCCAUCAACAGCAGCAGCAGCCCAGCGAACAGGAGAGCAAUCCGUAUUCGUCUAAUGCCGGACAGGAUUACAGCUCCUACGGCUCGUCUCAGUACAAUCCCGGCUACAGUUGGCAACAGCCCCAACAGCAGCAACAACAACAACAGCAGCCGUGGAAUCACGGAGAAAUGAACGCAGCCAAUGGAGCCGUCACGGAUUACUGGAAUCCGUCAAACAACAAUUUGAGCGCGACGUCGGCUGAUGAAGACGCCGGGCCCAAUUCGUUUUCUGAGCCGUCGUAUUUCAAUCCGGCGUCGUCUUCGCUGGGACCGUCGGUCGAGUCGAAGCCGGACGACAAGCAGAGUGGCAAGCAGGAGAGUGGAGGCGGCGGCGGUAACAGCAAUAGCAGUAAAGCGGCGGCAGCAGCAGCCGCUAGGGCUCAGCAGGCCGGAAGCGGAGGCAGCUGGUUGGGCGGAUUCUUCAGCAAGUUUAAGCCCAAGACGCAAAUGAAAUUGCCCGACGAUAAGAACCCGACGAUCGUGUGGGAUGCCAAGAAGGGCCAGUGGGUCGACACGGGCAAGGACAGCGAGGAUGAAGCGGCCGCUUUAGCGCCUCCGCCCAAGGACGCCAGUUUCCAGUCGCUGCCUCCUAUGACUCCCAUGACGCCGGCCUUUUCUACCCCUUUCACGGCCGCCCCUGCGUCCUCCAACCACAACAACAACGAAGGCAACCGGUUCGGACUCAACAAAGGCCGAGUAGGUCGAGGCGGAAGGAAUGCUUACAUCAAUCCGUCCAACAUCAAAAUCAGUUCGGUCAACAGCCCCUUGCCGCUGCUGGAUGCAUUUCCGGCAGUGACGCCAUCGUUAUCCACAGCAGGGACACCGCAAUUUUUCGUUCCGUCACCGGCGAUGAUGGAUCCAUCAUCCGCGCCUGUCGAUUUCGUCUCUUCGCCCGCCCAGCAACCCGACACCACCCAAGGGCACGUCGAUUCCGGCACUGCUGGCGAACGCUUCUUGUUCAAUCCGACCCAAUUGGCCCCACCGGCGUCGGUGCCCAGUGGACGCCCAGGCCUUGCGAGUCGAGGCCGAUAUCCGCGCUAAAAAUAAAAAAAUCGAAAAACGACAAAUUUAAUUAUCAAAUUGAGAAGGAAAAUGAAUUCAAAACAUCUGCAAAGAGAAGGAAAUUUCUAGAAUUUGAAUAUCCGAAAUAAUAAAAAAAAUAAAAUUAAAAUUGAUUAGAGUUUAGAUGUCGACGUGUGAGCAUCAUCUCUCCUCGGCCCCGACCUGUUUUUCUUUUGUCGCAAACUUUUGUAUUUUGUUUGUUUUGUUUAUUUUUUUUCUCUCUCUCUUUCUUUCUCAUGUGGUGUUGGUCCGAAUAUUUUCGCCUGGGUCGACAGACUUCUCUCCCAUUUUCUUCAUUGUACAAUUUUGGUUGUUGUUUCUUUCCCCCCACAUCUUUUUUUUUUUUUAAUAUUUUGUUUUUCAUCCCCUUUCAAUUUGAAUUUGUUGUGGUUCUCUCUUUUGCCAUAGAACAUCCGAUUAUUAUGUAUUGAUCGUGGAGCUCCCCCGAUGUGUUACCACCACGCCCCAGCUGUUUUUUUCUUCUUUCUUGGAUUCGUUUUUGUGUGUGUCCAUUUGUGAACCAGGUGGGAAUUGAAAGUCGUGACGCGCAUCGUAGAUUUCCUUCAUAUUUUUUUCUUUUUCUUUCUGCGGGGAAUAAUUCUUUAUCGUGUCAGAUAAAAACAACAACAACAAAAACAACACAUACUUGAAUUCUUUAUUUUUUUUUUCUUUCUUUAUAUAUUUGUGUAUAAUUUCCUUGCCAACUCCACCUCCCUUAGCUCUUCUCGAAUACUUUCCAACUCUUCCCACUUCUGCCUGUUCGUCCAGUGUCCACUCACUCCUUUAUAUUCUUCCCCGUUUGGUGAUAGACUGAUGAAAAAUACAAUUCACAAUUUACACACAAAA